AUGGUUGUUGGAGGUCGAGGAAAGAAACUCAACAAAGUCAAGCGAGGCGGUGGAAAGUCGUUUUCUGCUGGAAGGGGCGAAGAUGUUGGAGAUUCCAUGUGGAACAAGCCUAGAGAUAUGCCUUCUAGUGACUCUGAAUCCAGUUCUGGUGAUGAAGAUAGCGACGAUAAUGCUGCUUCCAGCCAACCUGAAGGACUUUUUGCUCGUCCAAUCAAGCCAUUAGUUAUUGGUGGAAACGACGAUAGUGAACCUCCUCCUCCAAUGGAGAUUGCUAAUCCAAACAGAUCUGGUGGUGCAAGGCCCUCCAAAAAAACUACUGCAGCAAAGCCAUCUGCCAAAUUAGAUGAGAGCGAGGAGUCUGAGGAUGAACCUGAACAGGCCCCUACUUUGAGCAGGAGAGAACGUGAGACAAUUGAAAAAGAGCGUGCAAAGGCACAUUACUUCAAGUUGCAACAGGAAGGAAAGACGGAUCAGGCACGAGCAGAUCUUGCUCGUCUUGCAUUGAUCCGUAAGCAACGAGAGCUUGCAGCUCAGAAACGUGGAGAAGCUACUGCCACUACUAAAAAGGAAGAAUCUCUUAAUGCGGGAAAGGCUUUGUUAACCAAAACACUUGGCAAAAAAUAGUCUAGCAUCAACCUAACAAUUACAUAGUAUACGAAUUUCAAGAUCUUAAAAUGUACUUUGUCUUUUCAGCCGUAUUCACGUAAAAUGGACCACUUCUGUAUCAUCUUGCAGCAAUUACCUCUAUUUUGCUUUGGGAUAAACACUAGUUGAAUAUUCCUUGCAAUUUCCUAUUAGAAAUAGGUAUUUUUCAAUAAACACAAUGUUCACCAUAUGAUGCUCAC